CCCCCUCCCUCUCCCUUACCCCACGGACAGGAGCGCACCGCCUGCCCCCUCUUCCUCGGAAAGGGAGGAAUUUAGGGAAAAAAAAGUUCCCCAGAAGUUUGGAUCAGAAAAGGACGGGAAGACCGGGAGAGAAAGAGGGAGAGGGAGGAGAGAAAGGGAGAGGGAGGAGAGAGGGAGAGAGCGAGGGGGAAAAAAAAGAUGAAGCUCAUUCGGCACAGUUCGUGAACGCCUGCCCGGGUGGGUGGGAAGCAAGAUUUGGGCGCUCAUGCAGCGGUCGGGCGGCGCUCCGGGCGCUCGUGGCUAGCGGCUGGGGCAGCUGGGCGCGCUGGUCCGGUCGGGCGGCGGAGGGCGGGGAAGGACGCAGGGGGGAGGGCGCUGAGGACCCGCGCAGCCAACACCUCUCCCGGGCCCUGCCCGGCGGGCGCUCGGAGAGGGAGGGCGCGGGCUGCUCCCUCAGUCGCGGGGGCAAGCGAGACCGGGGUGCGGGCGGCUAAAAUGAGUGAAAGGAGAAGAUCUGCAGUCGCCCUGAGCUCGCGAGCACAUGCCUUCUCCGUUGAAGCCUUGAUCGGCUCCAAUAAAAAGCGAAAACUGCGAGACUGGGAGGAGAAGGGGCUGGACCUGUCCAUGGAGGCGCUGAGCCCCGCGGGCCCACUCGGAGACACGGAGGACGCGGCGGCACACGGCCUGGAGCCCCACCCGGAUUCGGAACAGAGCACUGGUUCAGACUCUGAGGUACUCACUGAGCGGACUUCCUGCUCCUUCAGCACUCACCCUGAUCUGGCCUCGAGUGCUGCAGGCCCCGUGCCUGCUACCAUGUCUUCCAUGGAGGAGAUCCAGGUGGAGCUGCAAUGUGCUGACCUCUGGAAGAGGUUCCACGACAUUGGAACCGAAAUGAUCAUCACCAAAGCAGGCAGGAGGAUGUUUCCUGCCAUGAGAGUGAAAAUCACAGGCUUAGAUCCACACCAGCAGUACUACAUAGCAAUGGAUAUUGUGCCUGUGGACAAUAAAAGAUACAGAUAUGUGUAUCAUAGCUCCAAGUGGAUGGUGGCUGGCAAUGCCGAUUCCCCUGUGCCCCCAAGAGUUUAUAUACACCCCGAUUCUCUAGCUUCUGGAGAUACCUGGAUGAGACAGGUGGUCAGUUUCGACAAACUCAAGCUGACGAACAACGAAUUGGAUGAUCAAGGACAUAUUAUUCUGCACUCUAUGCACAAAUACCAGCCUCGCGUUCAUGUGAUUCGCAAGGAUUUCAGCAGUGACCUUUCGCCUACCAAGCCUGUCCCUGUGGGGGAUGGGGUGAAAACGUUCAAUUUUCCAGAGACAGUUUUCACCACAGUCACAGCCUAUCAAAACCAGCAGAUCACCAGGUUAAAAAUUGACCGAAACCCUUUUGCUAAAGGAUUCAGAGAUUCUGGAAGAAACAGAACUGGACUGGAAGCCAUCAUGGAGACUUACGCAUUCUGGAGACCUCCUGUGCGCACACUCACCUUUGAAGAUUUCACCACCAUGCAGAAGCAGCAAGGAGGCAGCACAGGCACUUCCCCAACCACCUCCAGCACUGGGACACCAUCCCCUUCAGCUUCUUCUCACCUUUUAUCUCCAUCCUGUUCUCCUCCAACUUUUCACCUGGCCCCUAACACCUUCAACGUGGGCUGUCGAGAGAGCCAGCUGUGUAAUCUAAACCUCUCUGAUUAUCCACCAUGUGCCCGAAGCAACAUGGCUGCCUUGCAGAGCUAUCCAGGGCUGAGUGACAGUGGCUACAACAGGCUCCAGAGUGGCACUGCUUCAGCUGCUCAGCCCUCCGACACCUUCAUGCCCCAGAGGACUCCAUCCCUGAUCUCAGGAAUACCAACUCCUCCCUCGUUGCCUAGCAACACCAAGAUGGAAGCCUAUGGUGGCCAGCUGGGGUCCUUCCCCACUUCCCAGUUUCAAUAUGUCAUGCAGGCAGGCAAUGCUGCCUCAAGCUCCUCCUCACCACACAUGUUUGGGGGCAGCCACAUGCAGCAGAGCUCCUACAAUGCCUUCUCCCUCCACAACCCCUACAACCUCUAUGGAUACAAUUUCCCCACUUCCCCUAGGCUAGCUGCAAGCCCAGAGAAACUGAGCUCCUCUCAAAGCACUUUACUCUGUUCCUCUCCCUCCAAUGGGGCCUUUGGCGAGAGGCAGUACCUGCCCACGGGAAUGGAGCACAGCAUGCACAUGAUUAGCCCUUCGCCCAAUAAUCAGCAGGCAACCAACACUUGUGAUGGCCGGCAGUAUGGGGCAGUCCCAGGUUCCUCCUCCCAGAUGUCUGUGCACAUGGUUUAAAGGCUGGUCUAAGCACCAUGGAGCCUUUGGCAGCCAAGACUUCUGAGUCUCCAGGGGCAGAUCCUCCUACUUGGAAGCCCAACACCUUUGGAAAACAGGAACUUUGUAUUUGUUUGUUUGUUUGUUUCUGGAGGAUGAAAACACACACACACACAAGAGCAACAAGAGACACUUCUAGGCCACUGAAGGAUACUUGUGGUGAAUCAUCUUCGACUCAGUGGUCCUUCUUCUGCCUUCCUAAACCUUAGUUUGUAAAGCAUAGUCUAUACCAGAGUGACCUUUGAAGAGACUGAACAAUCAUUUUAUAAUAAUGUUAUGAGAGAUGCUAGCAUGUAGCAGCCAUGAAAAGUUGACACUCCUACCUAUACAUGCACACAUAUGCACACACAUAUAUUCAUACAUAAACACAUGCAAACACAAACACACCAACUCUAAACUGGGUGAACUCUGUGGAGGGAGACCCAGAAUGGGUGCUUUCACCAAGGAUUUUCUAUGUACAACACUAGAUGGACCGUGCCGGCAGUCGUUGCCAGCCUUCCUCCCCUGCAGCUCUCCCUGCUUCUGGAAUGAACCAUGUAUCCUGGAAUCCUUACCUGUUGAUGAGGGUGGAAAGACAUCAGUGCUACGACUGGACUUGGCUUCCUGACCAAGCUUGCUCUUAAACUCUGGCUGUCUUCACUCCUUAUGUCAGUAUUGAUGUUCCCAGUGGUGCCUGUGAAGGAGGAAGUCAGAGCAGCUGAGCAGAAAAGAAAGAAAGAGAAAGAAUAGAGGGCAGGAGAGAGACGGAGAGCAAGACUAAGAAAGUGUAAGCAAUGAUGGGAGUUUUAAUUCUCCAAGGAAAUGUGUUUUUGGUUUGUUCCCCAAACUACAGGUUGUAGAAAGAAUCGUGGUGUUACUGAGAAGUACAGAUCUCCCUGGGAUGCUGUGCUUGGUCAAGGCACUGGGGACAGGGCUUGGGGCAGGUAGUACUUCUCCAUCCCACAUGGCCAGGGUGACCCAGAAGAGAGGUGCACCUCACGGCAAGUGUCUGUUCCACAGCAUGCAGCCCUGCAGGGCAAGGGGAAUAGGAGUGUGAAGAAGGAAGAGUUUUAGAAUCUCUGCAGAUGACACCUUGGGCGUGGCUAAAACAGAGGCCUGGUCUUUGCAUGCCAGACCCAGAUGCCUGACCUGGACCUGCUGUCUGUUAGUCCCUGUGGCAGGAGAAACCCUAGCUUGUUCCAGAGAGUUGCUGAUGGAUCUCCUGCACUCUUCCACAUGCCUUUUUGUCUCCAUUCUUAUCAAUUAUUUCAUUGCAUUUUGAAGUUUGAUUUUUUUUUCUCCCUUUAUCUUUUCUUUUCCCUUCAAAUCUUUUAAUGGUAAGAAAACAAGUGAAGCUUGGUGCGAGCUAAACUUUUUAAGUGGUGUGGAAAUGCAAAUACUACCAAGUAAAAUAAUACAGGUAUUAUUAAAAUUUGUGGUUUUGAAGUGUUGUAGAUAAAUGUAUUUAUGUGCCUAGUGGGGAAUCCAAUAUUAUGAAGAUUAAAAAGGGGGCAGUAAAAUGGUAUGUAAAAUAUGUAUGAAGAAAAGGUGUAUAAAAAUUUGCCCUUAUGCACGGAACUUUGUUUCUAAGUGCCAAGCACAGAAAGCCGGUAAAUAAAACCUUUGCAAUUGUGUUCUGAG